UGCGAGGGGCUGUACCCCGCGUCCAUCGUGGAGGAGCCCACGUUCCGCGCGCUCCUGCGGGCGGCGGACCCCUGGUACGAGCUGCCCGGGAGGAAGUUCUUCAGCAAAGCCAUCCCCGUGCGCUACGGAGCUGUCCGCGAGGCGGUGCUGAAAGACCUCUCCAAGGCCCCCUGGUGCGCCAUCACCUUGGAGCAUUGGAGAAGCCACCAGCAGAACCGGAACUACGUCACGCUGAACGCCCACUUUCUCAGCCUCG